ACACAUUACACGAUGCUAAUGUCCCUUUUUCUGUUUCUCCUGCUGGCGUGCUUAGUACUGCAGCUAACAGCAUCAUACUCCCCUCCAUCCUAUGCCAAGCCUGGUUGCCAAGAACAUUGUGGUGAUGUCCUGAUUCCAUAUCCUUUUGGAAUCAGUUCCAACUGUUACCACAACAAGUUUUAUGAGAUCAUUUGUAACACUUCAUUUCGUACCCCUAAACCAUUCCUGCAUAAGUUCAAUUUAGAAGUGAUGAAUAUACAAUGGGAGGACUCGGAUCCGUCAGACCAGUAUCGAUAUCUACUUGUAAGAACUGCUGUCCAUAAUACAUGCAGGACUAAUGCUAGUAUUGAUUUUAGUGGUAGUCCAUUUGCUUUCUCAAGUUCGUCGAAUGUUCUUGUCAUGGAAGGUUGCAGUGGCAGUAUUGUCUUAAGAAAUAGGAGGGGAAAUAUCUUGAGUGGUUGUGCUACCGUUUGUGGAAAACAUACUGCUGUUAAGAAAGAUUUAUAUGGGGUUGGAGGCUGUCAAGCCUUGUUAACUAACAAUGAAAGCUCCUUUGAGUUUUAUGAGUUGGAUCUUGAUGUUGAAGCAGGUUCUUCUACGUGUGGCAAUAUGAGAAUAGGAAUAAUGGACGUAGACAGCCUCUCAAGGCUCUCAGUAAACGAGCUCUCCAAAACCACAGUCCCAACAAUGCUGAGAUGGGCUGCUCCAGCUUCAUAUAUACAGGCCAAUUCAGUAGUUUAUCAUCACAAUUUUUAUUGUGAAAGUAACAGUUUUGACAAAGGUUGUUCCUGCCAUGACUACUACGAAGGAAACCCCUAUCUUCCAUAUGGAUGUCAACUUGUGAAGGAAUGUAGGAAGUGCAGGCAUGGUUGUGAUACUACGGGAUUACAUUAUUACUGCAGGAAAAAUCCAUUGUUAGAGUGGGGAUCAGUACUUGGAUUUAGCUUAGGCAUGGGAUUGAUGGUGUUGCUCUUUGGUAGCUAUGGGCUCUACAGAGUACUAAAGAAAAGGAGAGAGAUUCGAAAUAAAUCUGACUACUUCAAGAGAAAUGGUGGCUUGUUGUUGCAACAACAAUUAUGUUCUAGUGAGGGUGCCCAUCAGAGUACUAAAGUUUUUUCUGUCACAGAAUUGGAGAAGGCCACUGACAACUUCAACAAAAACAGAAUCCUCGGUCAAGGAGGCCAAGGCACGGUUUAUAAGGGUAUGUUAAAGGAUGGUAGAAUCGUGGCCAUUAAGAAGUCUAAAAAAGUAGAUGAGAAUCAGUUAGAACAAUUUAUUAAUGAAGUUGUUAUUCUAUCUGAAAUUAAUCAUCGGAAUGUGGUCAGAUUACUUGGUUGUUGUUUAGAGACAGAAGUUCCUCUGCUAGUGUAUGAGUUUAUUCAAAAUGGAACACUUUAUCAGCAUAUUCAUGAUGCAAGUGGAGAUUUUCAUGUUACUUGGAAAAUGCGUCUACAAAUGGCAGCAGAAUCAGCUGAUGCGAUAGCAUACCUGCAUUCAUCUUCAUCUGCCCCUAUUUAUCACAGAGACAUCAAGUCCGCAAAUAUACUUUUGGAUGCCAAAUUUAGAGCCAAAGUUUCAGAUUUUGGCGCCUCAAGAGCCAUCGACAUUGACCAGACUCAUGUGACUACAUGUGUUAUUGGGACGUAUGGUUAUUUGGAUCCAGAGUACUUCCAGUCAAAUGUUUUCACUGAGAAAAGUGAUGUUUACAGUUUCGGGGUAGUCCUUGUUGAGCUUAUAACUGGCAAAAAACCAAUCUGCCCCACCAAUGACGGGGGAUGGAUUAGUUUGGCUGUUGAAUUUCUGUUCCACAUGGAAAAUUCUCGUCUCUUUGAUAUUUUGGAUCCUCGAAUUUUAGAUGAGGGAAAGAAGGAAGAGUUUGUUGCUGUUGCUAACCUUGCAAGACAGUGCCUAAAUAUGAAUGGAAAAGAAAGGCCUACUAUGAAAGAAAUCGCGAUUGUGCUAGAUGAGAUCAGGUCAUCCCAUGUGUCUUAUUCCACAGAACCAAAUUCUAUGGUUGGCAAGGAAGUGAUGAUGGAAAUGAGUGAUAAUAAGCAUGGUGGUUCUUCAAGUACAAGCUCAUUCUUUCCUGGUGUUGGCACGGGUGCUUCCUCCACUGUGGUCCAACGAACUAUGGCACAUACAUUAUGAUGUAAGAUACUUGAAAACUAUAGCUAAGGAAGGUUUCAUGAAAUUAUAAUCAUAGCAAAAUGGAAUUUAUUUUUCUGAGCAUGUAUUUUGUUAGGAUGACUUUAUCAUGAAUACCUCAUGUAUUUGUCAAAAAAAAAAAAAAAUGAAUACCUUAAGUAGUAAUCUACUAUUCAAACAUGUAGCUAAUUGUGAACAGAAUGUUUUGAGGAAGGUCGUUGUAAUACGAAAUAUUUUUUUUUAGCUUGUCAGUUUUUUUCUUUGUUUUUAUUUCCUAAGGUAAUGCUGAUAUCUACUGUAUUUUCCUGUAAUAUAAUUUCACGGGCUAGAGAUCUGAAUAUGAUUUUGCAAAUAAUCUGGGAAUUCACAAGCAUCUUCCAACUGUAAAUUUACCAAUUCUAAACCAAUUCAAAUUCACUAAAUGCCAACUUUUUGUGGCGUAUACUUCUACAAUC